AUGUGUACCAAAACCUGUGGUCAGCAUGUGGAAAACAUAUUUACGACUGUCCCGCUAACAAGAUCGGUUUCAACCACGCGCUCGGGGAAGUUCACGCCUCACCUUUCAAAGGCGGUUACGCUCGUGCAACUCACUCGCAAGAAUCUUCCAAAGUUGGUGGUGGACAGGCCCCUGGUGCAUUCGAAGUUUGAAAGGAGAAUUCAAGAAAAAGAUCUUGUAGGUGCCGAAAAAUUCCUGCGUAACAAUAGCUGUUGUAAUAGUCUCGAGCAAGCAUUUGAAUUCCGGAGAAAAUUGACAAGAUUAGAAUCGAUAGAAUAUUUGGAGGCGGAUAGAAUGAUACGCGAAGAUUUGACACGAACGUUGAAAAAAGCAGGAAUGGAUCCAAAGCAGAUCUCGCAGAUCAUUGGAUAUUACAAGCAAGAGUCAUUCAAGGAUUACCUGAAAACAAACAAUCUAAGAGAAAUUAUCAAAAUAUAUAGCGAAGGAAAAAUUGACAUCUUGCCUAGGAACCUUGUGUAUGUUAUCGCGGCUUACAUUAAAUGUGAUAACACGGAAGGAGCAAGUAAAUUAUUGGACAAUGUUCAACUGGGACAUUUCAAGCCCGACGGAAUCUUGUAUUGCAUACACGAAUAUUUGACACCCGGGGAAAUUAUCACAACCAAACGUCUGCUGGAUCGACAAAUGAUCAAACGUACCAAUCCCAAUUCCGAACAAUUCACAGCACACGUUGGACGAUUGAUCGAACACGGAAAUGAUGAUCGAGCAUUCUCAUUAUAUCACAAAAUCGUGAAGAGUGGAGUGGAACCUAACGAACACACCUACGGAGCGUACAUAUCGGGAUUCAUAAAAAACAACAAGUAUGAAUAUGCGAUGCGGAUAUGGAACGAUAUGAUAGAGAAAGGGUUUAAGCCCACGGCAACGAUUUACAGCCAAAUGAUUAACGCGCUUUCGAGUAGUGGUAAAAUUUGCAAAGUAGAAAGUUUGUGGAACAAAAUUAAGAGUGAAGAUAUUAAACUCGAUAUAAUUCUUUAUUGUUCAGUGAUCAAUGCCUAUUUGAAGGCCAAAAAGGAGCAAAAUGCGAUCGCACUAUUUCAAGAAGUAAAAGAAGAGAAGAUUCCUUUAAACGAACAGUUAUACAACACCAUGAUUAAUGGAUUAUUUUGGAAUCACCGAAUAGAUAUGGCGUUGAAAAUUUAUAGAGAGAUGAGGGAAAAAGGAAUUCAACCAAAUCUAUCGACUUAUAACAUUUUAGUCCGCGGAUUGUUGUACUAUAAACACGAUGAUUUAGCGAUAGAAAUAAUAGGAGAAAUGAGAGAGUCCAAUAUACAACCGGAUGUUGUCACGCUGACCACUUUUCUAUCAAGGUUCUUUGCGAGGAAAGAUGUAGCAGGCGUUAAAAGGAUAAUGAGUAAUUUUGGUGUAUAUGGGAUUAAACCUAAUGUACAUACUUACAAAACCUUAAUUGGUGGAUUAAUAAACUGUGAUGAUUUAGUUGGAGCAGAAUUUGCGUAUAAAGAAAUGCUAAGUUAUGGCAUAACUCCAGAUAUUGAUAUUUACGGACUGAUGCUAUCAAUCAACUUUAAACAAAAAAGAUAUACCGAGGCCAAAGAUAAUUUUCGAAUUGUUAAAAGGUUAAGGGUGAGACCCACGCGUAGAUAUUUUAAAACUUUAAUAUCAGGCUUUGCAUAUUCUGGCAGACUGGAUGAAGCCAAACGAUAUUACAUCGAGAUGAUAACAUUUAAAAUUAAGCCCAGUCCCUCAAUAUACAAAAUUUUGAUUAAAGGCUGUGUAGAUCAUGAUGAUCUGGAAUUUGCUUUAAAACUUUAUAAAGAAGUAAAAGAAGAAUAUUCCAUGAUUCAUGAUUCGGUGUUAACAAGGAUGUGUAGAUUUAUCGAGAGUUGGCAUAAUAAAAAUUGA